AUGUACAUCUCUGCGCUCGUCCUCGCCGCCGUCGUCGCGGCCAAGCCUUUCCAGAUGUCGAUGCAGCCUCCUCAUCGCGAGACCGAGGCUGAGGCUACCGCCAACGCAGCCCGCCUAGCCACCCACGUAACCAUCGGAACCAUGGCGUCCAUCUUCCCCUCUGGCUCCAACGCCGGCCACCCCUUUGCACUUAUGGACACCCACGCUCCAUGCCACCCCGACGGGGCGCUGACAUUCAUCUCGAUGCCGAUCUCACUCAUGCAGCGUAACCUCAAGGCUACUGGCGGGAAAGCAUCUUACGCCCUCGCUACGCCACUCCAGCCGGCAAGGCAUAACGAGUACGCCCUCCCCCGGGUCUCGUUCAUUGGUAACCUCACUGUGCUCGAUGACGUAGAUGAGAACGAGCAUGAGCGGUUGCGCGAGUGUUUCGUUUCGUACCACCCCGACGCUGCGUGGUGGAUUCCGAAGGAUUCGCGUGGCGCGCACACGUCACGAUGGUCUCGAUUGGACGUUGAUACGAUCUACUACGUUGGCGGGUUUGGAAACGUCGGAUGGAUUGGUCACAUCCCCGUCGAGAACUUUGCCAAGGAGCUUGACAAGGAGAAGAAGAACAAGCGCAAGCACUAA